AAUUACUGUUUUCAUAGUUUAACUGAAAUAUCAAUUCUUUCAACUUUCCGUUUUAACAUGACCAAGCCAGAAGCCAAGGAUUUAAGCCAUCAUCUCUCUGUGGAAGCUCGUUCCAGAAAGAACUCACCAUUGAAGUCUGCCUUCAAGUACUAUAACCUUCCAGGUAUGACUUUCUUGGGUGGUGGAUUACCAUUGGCCGAUUAUUUCCCAUUUGACUCAAUUUCUGCUGACGUUCCUACUGCUCCUUUCGCUAACGGUAUUGGUGCUCAAAUCACCAAGGAUGACAAGACUGUUGUAGAAGUUCACAAGAGAAAGGAAUUCAACUCAAAGGAUAUCUCUGACGUUGAACUUUCUCGUGCUCUUCAAUAUGGACAUACUGAAGGUCAACCAGAAAUUCUCAACUUCUUGAAGGAACAUACUGAAAUGGUUCAUAAGCUUCCUUACAGCGAUUGGGACUUGAUUUCCUCCGUUGGUAACACCCAAUCAUGGGACGCCACUUUAAGAACUUUCUGUUCUCGUGGAGAUUCCAUUCUUGUUGAAGAAUACAGUUUCAGUUCUGCAUUGGAAACUGCUCAUGCCCAAGGUGUUAACACCAUCCCAGUCCAAAUGGAUAGCGAAGGUAUUGUUCCAAAGCUUUUGGCCACUCAAUUGGAUCAAUGGGUUGGAGCUAAGCCAAAGUUUAUUUACACAAUUUGUACUGGUCAAAACCCAACUGGUUCUUCUCUUUCUGCUGAAAGAAGAAAGGAAAUCUAUGAAAUUGCCGUCAAGCAUGACAUCUUAAUCAUUGAAGAUGAACCUUACUACUUCUUGCAAAUGGAAACAUAUACUUCUGAUGUCUCUGCUAGAAGCAAGAAGGCUGUCCAUUCCCAUGAAGAAUUCCUCAAGGCUAUGGUUCCUUCUUUCCUUUCUAUUGAUAUCGAAGGUAGAGUCAUUCGUCUUGACUCUUUCUCCAAGGUUUUAGCUCCAGGUCUCAGAUUCGGGUGGAUUGUCGGUCAAAAGAACUUAUUGGAAAGAUACACUAGACUUCAUGAAGUUUCCAUUCAAUGUCCUUCUGGUUUCACUCAAUCCUUGACCAAUGGUUUGCUCCAAAGAUGGGGUCAAAGUGGCUACUUGGAUUGGUUGAUUGGCUUACGUUCUGAAUACACUCACAAGAGAGAUGUUGCCAUCGAUGCCAUCGCCAAGUUCUUCCCUAAGGAAAUUACUGAGUACGUCCCACCAGUUGCCGGUAUGUUCUUCACCACUGGUUUCGAUGCUUCUAAGCACCCUAAGUUUGAAGAGUUCGGUAGAGACCCACUCAAGGUUGAAGCUGCCCUUUAUGAAAGAGGUUUGGAACAAGGAUGUUUGAUGAUUCCAGGUUCCUGGUUCAAGUCCCAAGGAGAAACCACUCCUAAGCAACCUGAAGUGCCAACUGCUACUAGUCCUAACCACAUUUUCUUUAGAGGUACUUACGCUGCUGUUCCAUUGGAUGCAUUGACUGUAGGAUUGGAAAAGUUUGGUAAGGCUGUUGAACUUGAAUUUGGUCUUUAAGUGAAAAGGUCGAACUCGUACUCAAAAGUGAAAAAAAAAAUAACCAUUAUGCACGAGGUUGUUGUAAUUAAUUGCUCUCUGGUAAGACUAGAUUAGUUCUAUUUAUCUAAACUAUAAUAUAAUACUAUAUGAUAUAUGCAAAA